AUCUAGUCCCUCUGGCCGGCGCGGUGGAUUGCAAAUCAAUGGUUGUUGGGUCUGGCGUUGGGCCUGCAGGGCGACGUAAUGCUCCAUUUUAGCUUCUUUAUAUGGAUCCAUCCACUUCGGUCCCCUCUAUAAUCCACUUACCAUCCUCUCAUCUACAGAGCCAGACUCAGAUCAUAAUCUUCACUUCAUCCUUUUCACGUUCGCCGUCUCCUUCAAAUCAUAGCAACCAACAAUGUCGUUCCUCAAAGACGUAAUAUCUGAAUUCACAGGCCAUCACGGCUCUCACGGCAAUUCACACUCCAGUGGCGGCGGUGGCAGUGGUGGCCCAAACGGGCCCCCACCGCCCGUCUCCCCUCCGUGGUACGCCGAAUGGGACUCCCGCGAUGCACGCUGGCUGUUCGUUAACCAGCAGUCCGGUGAGCGAACAUUCAAUUACCCAGGCCCUGGAUACCAGAAUCAAGACAAUUACAACCAAGGCGGCUACAACCAAGGCGGCUACAACCAAAACUACACCCAACAGCCCCAACAAGCAAACCCCUACCCCGAAAACCCACGCCACAACACGCAUAACCAGCACAACGGCCUCAAAUAUGGCGCAGCCGCAGCAGCCGGCGUCGUCGGCGGCGCACUGCUCAUGCACGAAGGCGAGGAAAUGCAAUCCUCCUGGAACCGCGAGAAACACAGCCUUGAGAACGACAUGACCAACCUCGAGACCGACGCCUCCAACUUCCCCGAAGACGCAGCUGAGUGGACAGGGCGCAAGGUGCAGGACGUUGAGGACGACGUGCCGCAAGACAUGGAGAGGCGCUGGGAUAAUGCGGUGCAAGAUGUCGAGGACGUGCCUGAGGAUGUGGCGGGGUGGGCCGGGCGGAAGGUCGGUGAUGUGGAGGGGUUUGGGGAUAGGGUUGAUGAUGCGUAUGAUGAAGGGAGGGAGGAAGGGCGGUACGAUGAUGGGGAUGGUGGUGAUUUUGGGGGCAAUGAUGGAGGGGAUGACGGGGGCUGGUGAGCGGUGACUGGGCGAGGAUUGUUGAAUUAUGUUUUUGUAUUGUUCUUUCACACGACCCCUGACUAGUAGGAGACUUCUUCGUGAGUCGUUUAUAUAUAUAU